AUUCUUCUUGUCUUUAUCUCUUCUUAUUUUUCUUUUAUUUUUUCAGUAUUACAAUGGAUAUUAACGCUAUUCGCCAACAAAUCAUUCAACGUCAUAAUGCCAAAGAGCAGAGACCUCUUGGUGCCCAACACCGAAUUUGGAGCAUUUUUAGAACCUCCCACUACCAACUUUUGCAAUCACUUAUUGAUUCGCCUCUUACUUUUGAUCCCGUCGAGCAUACUUCAGCUAUUCAAGCCACCAACACUCGCCUGGUCGUUGGAUCUCAGCAUGCUGAUCCUAACUUGACCGAGGACAUGGAACUGAGCAGUUCCCCAGAGUACUAUUUCCGCUGUGCCCGCCUACUGUCAGACGAGUUUUUGGAGUACAUCCAUCUAUACGAGCAUCGAUUUCCAGCGGAUGCUGCGUGGUCUCAAAACUUCGAGCAAGAAGUGAAUAAGCUCGAACUAGACAAACCUUGCCUCCUCUCCAUUAUGUAUGUGGGCUUUACGGUCGCCUCAACCGGAUCUCAGCGUCUCCGCCAUGAUUUGUCUGUCGACGGCGGUUCUAGAUUCACGAAUUUUUGCACAAUUGCUACCGAGAUUAACUGGAUGGUAUACCAAGUAGUGCGCCUAAGGGGUUAUUUCCGAAGGCUUCUCGGCCAUUGACUCGGGUUACGUAGAAGACGUGCUGUUGAAGGCUAUUGGCGCCGUAGCCUUGAACUCGGCCAAUAGAGGCAUAUUAUUUGAUUGGCAUCCUAGCCCGGCAAUCAAACAGGCAUGGGCUACGAUUGCCUCUGAAUUUGAUCAAGCUAGUCUGUUUGUCCGCAAGCGUCUGACAACUUCGAGAAGAGAAGCCAUUACUCAUCAUUUGAAGAUCAAGCUGAAUACAUUAAGCGUCAUGGCACGAUAGGGUCCUUGACCGUGGAGCCUCCGUCAGAUGAACUUCUCGAAACCGU